AAUUAUUUGAUCUUAUAAUAGUUUUUAAAUCUAGGUUAGAUACAGGGAGGCUGAUUGGAGUGCUUCGAAGAUCGUUCGUAUCCUAAGUGGUCAGAGCGAGCUGUCCGUGCUGAUUAAGGACCUACAGCCGUUUACGACUUACAUCGUAAGUGUUGCAGCGUUCACGCUUGCCGGCGUUGGUCCCUUCAACAAUGCGUUGACUGUUCGUACGCCAGAAGACGGUAGGAUUCGUUUUCGUCGUUUGUUCUUCCGCAAACCUACGGCGAUAUUUACGUUUGCAGUUCCCAGCGCACCCACCCAGCUUUUGUUUGCGGUGAGGGUCGCCGAAGUGACGCUGACUUGGAAACCACCGUAUCGUCCGAACGGAAAAAUCACUCAUUAUUCUGUUGCUUACUGGAGAAAUACGAGUGGUAUUGAGGGAGUGAACGCUGUAACGGCAAUGGUUGCUUCGGAUCUACGCAUGUUCGUGGCAAGUGGACUUGAUCCGCAAGCUAUGUAUGCAUUCGCCGUCGCAGCCAAGACUUCGGCAGGCUGGGGUCAGAAGGCGGUGGGCCACGUUCAUGUAGUUGAAAAACGUGCAGUGGCUUUACCUCCCAGCCGGCCAUACCACGGUCGACAGCACCUACGUUCCUCGACGGAGCUGCAGGUGGCGUGGGAUGACUUUUCGACCUUAAAAGAGCCGACGCGUUUUGCGGAAGUACAGUUCCAAAGCGAUGGCGAAGACCGCGGACGUUGGACAUUGUAUGGCGAUAGACCAGUGGGAAGCAACUGCAUCGUGCGAUUUUUGCGACCGGCUACAAGCUAUCAGUUCCGGGUACGGGUGCACAACGAUUUUGGGUUUAGUUCCUGGUCAGACGCGUCAGAGUGGUUGAAAACGUCUGAAGCUGAGCCAAGCCACCCGCCGUCCAACGUACAAGCAACGGCUUUCAAUUCUUCGUCGAUCUUGGUUUCGUGGGAACCGCCAGAAAUAUCGAGCUGGAACUCGCAGCUGAUUGGCUACCGUAUUCUGCACAAGAUCUACGGCAAAAACGACUUGUGGCACAUUCAUGAAUUGCCUAUGUCCGGUCAUGGCAACAAAAUGCGACAUAAGUUCUUCAUCACCGGCCUCAUGCGAUUCAGUCACUACGUCAUUCAGCUACAGGCGUUCAAUCAACUCGGCAGCAGCCCGCCAACUGAUGCUCAGUUUGUAUACGUCGCUUACGCGGUACCAGCGAAUGCAGUUACAGGGCUGAGAGGUGAAGCGCUCUCGUCCACCGAACUUAAAAUUUUGUGGGAUCUGUGGCCUAGCUCUUGGGAACCGAUCAUUGGAUUUAAGAUUUCAUACCACCCUGCUCAAACCGAAGAAGAAGCCAAGCAAGACACGGUUGAAAACGACGCAACUUUCGUGUUACUCGGCGAACUACGAAAGUUUACAACGUAUCGUGUUUCGGUUAUACCUUUCAACCGCGCCGGUGACGGCUUGCUUUCCUCAAUCGAAGUUACGACUAGCGCCGAUAUCCCUGGACCUGUCGGCUCACUGACUUUCAGUGACAUUUCUGUCGAUUCGGUGAACGUUAGCUGGAUGGCCCCCGCUGAACCUAACGGCAAAAUCUUGGGCUAUCGUGUUACUUACAGAACGGGCAGAUUCGACAAU